AACUCUAAAUCCAUAUCUCUUGCAGUUCCCAAUUCCACUCUAGGUACGAGGAAAAUGUACAGAGAGUCAAAUCCAACUGAAUGUUGUUGUUAUGCACUUGGAUAAAGCACAAAAUUACACAGGCUCAUCAAUCAUCUGGGAAACCUAGAAAUCUGUUAAUCAAACUAAUCACAGGCUUGGCAUCUCCAGCAGGAUACGGAAGGAGAGACUCCAAAUUCAUAUCCGUGAUCGUCUCGUGCAACAGUUGAGGACGCGCGCAGUAUAAAUGCUUCCUCUCGGCUAGUUCUUCUGCAAGUUCAGAUUGAUGAUUAUCCAUCAGGUCUUCAUUCACCACUACAAUGAGAGGUUUGCCAUGCCGUAAAGUCUCGAAUAUGCUCCCUGACCCUGCAAGACUGAUGACAAGAGAUGCCGAUCUAAGAUGUUCUGCAAUGCUUGAUGAGAAAGUGAAAUAAUCAACCACAAGAGAUCCACCUUCCCCUUCACACUUGUGGGGAAUGUAGGAUCCACGACCAAUUUGAAUGAGAAGGUGGGUGUAGCCUCUUCGCAGCAACUCGUGUUUAACUUGUUCAGUAUCAACAGCUUUGACAAGAGCGUCAAAUAACGUUGUUCCUACUGUCACAAACACUGUUUUCCUCUUCUGCUCGAUUUCUCCCAUCUGCAAGCAACUUAACAAAAAACAAGGCAGCGUAAUUACCGGAUUGAAAAAAGAGACGAAGACGGAUCAGAAUUGCGGAAGGAGCUGUCCGUCUCGACCGUUCGGAAAGCUGCAAGCUUGGAGGCAAAUGGCCGCCGGAGAAUGGCAGCGAUUGAGAUUCCGGAUCUGGUCUACGACGGAGAAAUUGAGAGCAGAGUGUGGAAUCGCGGUGAUGCACUCAAUGGGGAAGCUUUUUUAUGGCGUUGACAUAAAAAAAAGGGAGUUUCUUUAGACGAUAUAAGACAAAACUUAUAUAGAGCUGGCGAGUGGCGGGUAAUCGGCAGCGACAAAUCGUCCUAUCUUCAAAAUCGAGGAGAAGAAGCAGAGAAGAGAAGAAGCAAGAAAGAGAAUGGGAGAUCUCUACGCCUUGGACUUCGAUGGAGUUCUAUGCGACAGCUGCGGGGAAAGCUCGCUCUCCGCCGUCAAGGCCGCCAAAUUGAGAUGGCCGGAUCUGUUUAGAGGCGUGGAUUCAACCACUGAGGACUGGAUCAUUGCUCAGAUGUACACUGUGCGGCCUGUUGUGGAAACUGGGUAUGAGAAUUUGUUGCUUGUGAGGUUGUUGCUGGAGAUGAAAGUACCUUCAAUUAGGACAUCCUCGGUUGCUGAGGGACUCACAGUGGAUGCAAUCCUGGAAAGUUGGUCGAAGAUCAAACCUGUCGUCAUGGAAGAAUGGGGAGAGAUGGAUAGAGACGAUCUAGUUGAGUUCUUUGGCAAAGUCAGGGAUGAGUGGAUGGAACAGGACUUGAAAACUUGGAUUGGAGCAAACAGAUUCUAUCCAGGUGUUCCAGAAGCCCUGAAAUUUGCUAGCUCAACAAUGUAUAUAGUCACCACCAAACAGGGUCGAUUUGCAGAUGCUUUACUGAGAGAGCUGGCAGGUGUAACAAUUCCAUUUGAAAGAAUAUAUGGUUUGGGAACUGGGUCAGUCUAUGUGUAUCCUAAUUUGGUGGUUCUAGGGGAAAUGGCUUUAGUUCUAAGCUCUCUAUUGCUCUUGGCGUUUAUCUCUAAUUUCAGACCUAAAGUGGAAGUGUUGAAGCAACUUCAGAAGAGACCAGAACACCAGGGGUUGAAGCUGCAUUUCGUGGAAGAUCGGCUUGCAACCCUCAAGAACGUGAUCAAAGAGCCAGAAUUAGAUGGAUGGAACUUGUACUUAGGUAACUGGGGAUACAACACGCAGAAAGAGCGAGAGGAAGCAGAAAGCAUUCCUCGGAUUCACCUUCUCCACCUCUCCGACUUCACCAAGAAGCUGAAAUAGUAACAUCAACGGCUUGUGAUCGCGGGAAAGGCAGUUCAAUACCAUGUUUGUUGUACUCUCCUUUUCCUAUUAGAAAGCUGCGAAAUUGCUGCAACUAUAAAAAACCAGAAAAUUUCUUGUAUUCCCUCUCUGGCUAAGUAACUAAACCCUCUACAUCCGUCAGACAUUCAGGAACUGAUAAAUGUGGCUUUGUAGUUGUAUGAACAAACAGUUCUUGUUACAAAGAGACAUCAAAAGAAGAAGAAAAAAGUGUACAACACAAGAGAUUUCAUGACAUCAAGAUGCACUAUCAUUAACGAAACCAAAUCGUCCAAAAGAAAACUCAAAUCAAGACCAAAUUCGAGCUCCGAGGAACCCUAGUAUCAGCUCGUUCACUUGUUCAGGAAGUUGCUCCUGAACAAAAUGACUACCUUCACUCAAAUGCACUAUCUCCAAAUCGGGCACGAAAUGUUUCACCCCAAAAUUCGCGUAAUCUUCAAAUCCUGGAGACUUUCUCACGUAAUCUUUAUCCCCCAAGAUCAACAUCGCCGGAACUCUCACGGUUAGAUCUGUCACGUCGGCCGAUUCCUCUAUCGACCUGUAGGGAACCUUCAGCGCAGUUUGGAACCCAGAUUUCUGGUACAAAUCGCCGUAAGUCGAAAGAUCUUCCUCCGUCAACCAAGCCGGAAGAUCCGGCGACGCCCCCACCAAAUCCAUGAUCUCCUGAUCGACGGCGGCCGUCGGCAGCUCCGUUCCGGCGAAGAGGACGUAGAUCUUCCUCACCACCGUCUUCGCAUCAAACCGUCCGAAAUCAGCUUCAGCUCUCCCCGGCUCCAUCCAUCGGCGCGCGUAGAAGCCUUCGUGGAGGAGGGCGAGUAUAGCCGACGCGCCGGGACCGGGGGGAGUGAACGGGAUCCCGAGCGUCACCAUCCCCUGCAAUCUUUCCGGGUACAGCAACGCGAAUCUCGAGGCGACGUAGACGCCGAAGUCCUUGGCGACGACCGCCGCCUUCGGGAUCUGGAGGGAAUCGAGGACGGCCGCCACGUCGGCGGCGAAGUCGAUGAACGUGGCCUCGUCGGGUUUCGGGGGCGGGUCGGAUAACCCGUACCCUCUGUAGUCGGGCGCGAUGGCCCGGUAACCCGCUCCGGCGAGGGCGAGCAUCUGGUGCCGCCACGAGUACCAUAUCUCCGGGAAGCCGUGGAGCAGGAGGACCACUUUGUCUCCUGUGCCGAUUUGGGCGACGUGGAGCUUCAAUCCGCCGUUGGUCUCGACGAACUUGUGCUCGAUGAGGUCCAUUUUUUGGGGCGUUUGGGUUUAGGGGUGGAGGGAUUUCCUGGUUCUUUGGGAUAUUAAGGUGAUGAUUUACAGCUUGUGGGUUUGGAGCAUGGUUGUCACG